UACAAAUCUCUCUCUAUCGCACAUUCUUCGGAAGCCCUCAAUUUGAAUUUUCGUUCCAUUUUGACCUACUCUGUCGGCAUCGUUGGUUUCUUAGAUUUUCUAUAAUCCUUUGUUUCAAAUUCAAAGGUUAGAGGGAAGAUUUCAUGGAUGGAGCUAGAAGGAAACGUGUUCGAGCCACUGCGAAACGAUCGAGAGGUAGAAGAACAAGUGAGGGUGAUUUGAUAAGCGAUUUGCCAGAUUCGUUGCUAUGUCAGGUACUCUUGAAACUAACCACUAAGGAGGUCGUUAGGACUAGUGUUUUAUCUAGAAGAUGGAGUAAUCUCUGGAAACACGUACCUGGAUUGGACUUGGAGAAUCGUGAUUUCCCGGACCACAACACAUUCGUCAGUUUUGUAGAUACCUUUCUUGGCUUCAAUUGGGAAUCUUGCUUACAUAAUUUUAAGUUGAACUACGAUUGUGAUGGGAAUUAUGAGCCUGAGCCUGAAAUUGGUCUUAUCAAGCGGUGGGUCAACACUGUUGUUGAUCGAAAAGUAAAACAUCUUCAUGUUUGGGAUGAUUCAAACGGGAGUUGGGAUGUCAUGAUGCUUCCAACCAUUUACACUUGUGAGAGCUUAGUAAGCUUGACACUCUGUGCACUAACCUUGCCUAGUCCCAAGUAUGUUUCUUUACCUUCUCUCAAAGUUAUCAGUCUAGUAGUUAUGAAGUUCUCUGACGACGCUUUGGCUUUAGAAACGCUCAUCUCACGUUGCCCAGUUCUUGAGAGCUUAUCUAUCGGGAGGAGUUUUGAUGAUAAUAUUGAAGUUUUACGAGUGUGUUCUCACUCUCUGUUGAGCUUCACUCAUAUUGCAGACGGUUCCGAGGAUUUGGAUGAAGAUUUAGUAGUUAUAGUUGAUGCACCUAGGCUUAAGUUUCUGAAACUCAGUGAUGGUCGAGUUGCAAGUUUCAUAUUAAAAAAUCCGAGUUCCCUUGUAAAGGCCGAUAUCAAUACUGAGUUUAACCUGUCUUUUGGAAAGAAGUUCGAUCCAGAUGAUCUACCAAAGAGAAUUAUGCUUCGGAAUUUUCUUGUUGCCAUCUCUAAUGUCAAAGAUUUGAUCAUUGCAUCUAAUACUCUUAUGGUCAUUUAUGAUUACUCAAGAUGUGAACCACUACCCUUAUUCCGUAACCUAUCUUCCAUGCGUGUUAAGUUCUACAGUUACACGUGGGAAAUGUUGCCAAUCUUUCUUGAGAGCUGCCCAAAUCUACAAUCUCUUGUCAUGGGAUCUACUAAUUAUCCGGAGAAGGAGGGAAUUGAUAUCUUGUCUGGACCUCGGCGUGUCCUAUCAUCAUCUCUCAAGUAUGUCAAGAUAGAAAGGCCACUGAAAGGAGAGGCGAUGGAGAUGAAACUAGUGAGUUACAUACUUGAGAAUUCAACAGGCCUCAAGAAACUGACCCUAUGCUUGGAUGAUUCCAUAAAGAAAGAAGAAUCUGUCAUCUUCAGAGAACUCCUUACCAUUCCAAGACUCUCUACAUCAUGCCAAGUUGUCGUUCUUUGAUAGUCAUAAAUAACCAAUGAACUUUCUAGGUUGUCUCUGAGUACUUAUGUUAUUUGUUAGCUUCUGAUGACAUUGAAGUGUUGUAGUUCAUAAAAAGAAUCAUAUUUAUGGAUCAAAUCAGUAUCACUCCGUCGUGGCUGGGACAUUCUGAUUGGUCAA